AUGGCCUACAAAGGUCUCAUGUUUUCCGAAAGUGACUGGGUCAUGGAGGCUCUACACUCAUCGGUGAAUUCACCCACUGAUGAGUUCAGUAGUCCAUCUGCUGUUAGGAGCUGUGGCCAGUUGGAGUCACUUGGGAAAAUCUAUCAAAUUAGCAGUACUGGCACUAUCCUGUGGGCCAAGCAGAGAUGCGUGUGUUCAAACCCAGCGAAGGUGGUCAUCUUUGCUCCAGGAAAUGGCACGAUUGAAGUAAAUUCUGUUGAAAGACAUCAUGAAACUGUUUAUCAUGGCCAAGGUGCUAGUGACAGCAAAAGUGACCCACCAAUGGAGCCAGCUGGCUUCACUGGCUAUUGCCAAGAUCAUGGAGAACAGCAUGUGCUCUUCCAGAUCACAGCGAUAAGACGACUGAUACUGCUGAGACUUGCAAGUCCUGACCAGGCAGCAGCCUCCAGGAGUGGGAGCUUCCGCCACGGGCUUCUUAGGGAGGGGUGGCUUAGACUCCCGGAAAGCUAUAUCCAAGGGACUCAAGUUACUGGGAUGACUGUCAGCGAGCAACAGCCAGUGGCGAGGUCGCAAUCCACCAAGCUUCCAGAGAACCACUCCACCCAGAUCUUGCUUGUGCGCAAGGGUUUCAGAACAGGAUUUAUUGCUUUGCCUCUGCGAGGGCUUCCCCACCUUCGUGUGGCCCAACGGCCCACAACUGCUGCCGAGGGGUUCCUGCGUGCGCGUCUUGCAAACCGCAACUUCCCUUUCCCGACUCUACAAGAACAACUGCCUGAGGCAAAAAAGCAAGCUGUUGGAUCUAUUGAGAUAUUCCGCUUUGCUGAUGGCCUGGACAUCACACUCAUGAUCCUGGGAAUACUGGCAUCAUUGGUAAAUGGAGCUUGCCUUCCUUUAAUGUCACUGGUUUUAGGAGAAAUAAGUGAUCACCUGAUUAGUGGGUGUCUAGUCCAAACCAACACAACAAAUUACCAAAACUGUACUCAGUCUGAAGAAAAGCGAAACAAAGAUACGAUUAUGUUGACCCUGUAUUAUGUUGGAAUAGGAGUUACAGCCUUGAUUUUUGGCUACAUGCAGAUUUCCUUUUGGGUUAUGAGUGCAGCACGACAGACCAAGAGAAUUCGUAAACAGUUUUUUCAUUCAGUUUUAGCGCAAGACAUCAGCUGGUUUGAUGGCUGUGACAUCGGUGAACUUAACACUCGCAUGACUGAUGACAUCAACAAAAUCCGCGAGGGAAUUGGAGACAAGAUUGCUCUAUUAUUUCAAAACAUAGCUACUUUUUCUAUCGGCCUCACAAUUGGCUUUGUGAAGGGCUGGAAACUCACUCUGGUAACUCUGUCCACAUCUCCUCUUAUAAUGGCUUCAGCAGCAAUGUGUUCCAGGAUGGUCAUCUCAUUAACCAGCAAGGAACUGAGUGCCUAUUCCAAAGCUGGGGCUGUAGCAGAAGAAGUCUUGUCAUCAAUUCGAACAGUCAUAGCCUUUGGGGCACAGGAGAAAGAAAUUCAAAGGUACACACAGAAUCUAAAAGAUGCAAAGGAUGUUGGCAUAAAGAAGGCUAUUGCGUCAAAAGUGUUUCUUGGUGCUGUGUACUUCUUUAUGAAUGGAACCUAUGGACUUGCUUUUUGGUAUGGAACCUCCUUGAUUCUUAGUGGAGAACCUGGUUAUACCAUUGGGACUGUUCUUGCUGUUUUCUUUAGUGUCAUCCACAGUAGUUAUUCCAUUGGAGCAGCAGCCCCUCACUUUGAAACCUUCUCUGUCGCCCGAGGAGCUGCCUUUAAUAUUUUCCAGGUUAUUGACAAGAAACCUAGUAUAGAUAACUUUUCCACAACUGGAUAUAAACCUGAGUGCAUAGAAGGAACUGUGGAAUUUAAAAAUGUCUCCUUCAAUUAUCCAGCACGUGCAUCUACCAAGAUUCUGAAGUGUCUGAAUCUCAAAAUUAAGUCUGGAGAGACAGUAGCCUUGGUUGGCCCCAGCGGCAGUGGGAAGAGUACCGCAGUCCAGCUUCUGCAAAGAUUGUAUGAUCCUGACGAAGGCUUUAUCACAGUGGACGGAAUCGACAUCCGAGGCCUGAACGUGCGGCACUACCGAGAGCACAUCGGGGUGGUCUGCCAGGAGCCGGUUCUGUUCGGUACCACCAUCCGGAACAACAUUAAGUACGGACGAGACGCGGUGACGGAUGAAGAGAUUGAGAAGGCGGCCAAAGAGGCAAAUGCCUAUGACUUUAUAAUGAAGUUUCCUAAUAAAUUUAACACCCUAGUAGGAGAAAAAGGAGCUCAAAUGAGCGGAGGGCAGAAACAGAGAAUUGCAAUUGCUCGAGCUUUAGUUCGAAACCCUAAAAUCCUGAUCUUAGAUGAGGCUACAUCUGCCCUUGAUACAGAAAGCGAAUCAGUUGUUCAAGCUGCACUGGAGAAGGCAAGCAAAGGUCGGACUACAAUCGUCGUAGCUCACCGACUUUCCACUAUUCGAAACGCAGACCUGAUUGUGACUAUAAAGGAUGGGACAGUGGUGGAAAAAGGAACACAUGCUGAGCUAAUGGCAAAACAAGGUCUAUAUUAUUCACUGGCAAUGACACAGGAUAUUAAAAAAUCUGAUGAACAGAUGGAUCUGAUGACCCAGUCUACUGAAACAAAUAGCAGCCCAGUUUCUGUGUGUGCUGUGAAUAGUGUCAAGUCAAACAGUACAGACAAGUCUGAGGAAUCCAUCCCAUAUAAAGAGACAAGUCUUCCUGAAGUUUCUCUAUUAAAAAUUUUUAAAUUAAACAAGUCGGAGUGGCCUUUUUUGGUUCUGGGGACUCUGGCUUCUGUUCUAAAUGGAAGUGUUCAUCCAGUAUUUUCCAUCAUCUUCGCAAAAAUCAUAACUAUGUUUGAAGAUGAUAAUAAACCCACAUUAAAACAUGAUGCAGAAAUUUAUUCUAUGAUAUUUGUCAUUUUGGGCAUUAUUUGCUUUAUCAGUUACUUCAUGCAGGGCUUGUUCUAUGGCAAAUCUGGGGAAAUUUUAACCAUGAGAUUAAGACAAUUAGCAUUCAAAGCCAUGUUAUAUCAGGAUAUUUCCUGGUUUGAUGAUAAAGAAAACAGCACAGGAGCCUUAACAACAACAUUAGCCACAGAUAUAGCACAAAUUCAAGGGGCAACAAGUUCAAGGGUUGGUGUCGUUACACAAAAUGUAACUAACAUGGGACUGUCAGUCAUCAUCUCCCUUAUAUAUGGAUGGGAGAUGACACUCUUGAUUCUGAUCAUUGCUCCAGUCCUUGCUCUAACAGGGAUGAUCGAAACUGCAGCAGUGACUGGAUUUGCCAUCAAGGAUAAACAAGAAUUCAAGCGUGCUGGAAAGAUAGCAACUGAAGCUGUGGAGAAUAUACGUACUAUAGUGUCAUUAACAAGAGAAAAAGUCUUUGAGCAAAUGUACGAAGAGACUCUUCAGACCCAACACAGAAAUACCCUGAAGAAAGCACAGAUCAUUGGAAGCUGUUAUGCAUUCAGCCAUGCCUUUGUAUAUUUCGCCUAUGCGGCAGGAUUUCAAUUUGGAGCCUAUUUAAUUCAAGCUGGACGAAUGACACCAGAGGGCAUGUUCGUAGUUUUUACUGCAAUUGCCUAUGGAGCGAUGGCCAUUGGAGAAACACUUGUUUUGGCACCUGAAUAUUCCAAAGCCAAAUCUGGAGCUGCGCAUCUGUUUGCUUUGUUGGAAAAGAAACCAACUAUAAACAUCUACAGUCAAAAAGGGAAAAAACCAGACACAUGCGAAGGGAAUUUAGAGUUUCGAGAAGUCUCUUUCUUCUACCCAAGCCGCCCAGAUGUUUUCAUCCUUCAUGGCUUAUCCCUCAGUAUUGAGAAGGGGAAGACUGUGGCAUUCGUUGGGAGCAGCGGCUGUGGAAAAAGCACUUCUAUUCAACUCCUGCAGAGAUUCUAUGAUCCCAUGAAAGGACAAGUACUGUUUGAUGGCAUAGAUGCAAAAGAAUUAAAUGUACAGUGGCUCCGUUCUCAAAUAGCCAUCGUUUCUCAAGAGCCUGUGCUCUUCAACCGUAGCAUCGCAGAGAACAUUGCCUAUGGUGAUAACAGCCGUGUGGUGUCCUUGGAUGAGAUCAAAGAAGUUGCGAAUGCCGCAAAUAUCCACUCUUUCAUUGAAGGUCUCCCCGAGAAAUACAACACACCAGUUGGACUGAAAGGAGCACAGCUUUCUGGUGGCCAGAAACAAAGACUCGCUAUUGCAAGGGCUCUUCUACGAAAACCCAAAAUUUUACUGUUGGAUGAAGCCACUUCAGCUCUUGACAAUGAAAGUGAAAAGGUAGUUCAACAUGCUCUGGACAAAGCCCGGAGAGGGAGGACAUGCCUAGUGGUGGCUCACAGACUCUCCACAAUACAGAAUGCAGAUCUGAUUGUGGUUCUCCACAAUGGAAAAAUAAAAGAACAGGGAACUCAUCAGGAGCUCCUCAAAAAUCGAGACACAUACUUUAAAUUAGUCAAUGCACAGUCAGUGCACUGAGGCUGCUAAGUUAGCACAUAUUUUGAUCUUUGUGCAAUGCAAAAAAGAUUUUUGUGCAAUGCUUAGUAAUUAUUUGGCCUAUUUUGAUUGCUUUUAUUGCACAUAUCAAUACCUAGCAUCUUGCUACUCAAGUAUAGACAUGCUUUGUUUACAUCUUUCCUUCAGAUUUAAAAAAAUUUUUUUACUAUAUUCAUAUGGGUGAGAUAAGAUCUGUAUCCUUCGCUUUAUAAAAGUGUUACAUAACACAUUUGCUUGUAAGCAAAUUUCAGAAAAGUGAAUCCAUUUCCUCAUCAGCUUUUGUUAUAAAAAACUAGGUUGAAAGAUUUUAGCGAAGAAACCAAGAUGUGGGAGCUGGGGAUUUAGCUGAGCGGCAUAAGCGCCUGCCUUGCAAGCAGGCAGUCGUGAGUUUGAUCCCUGGUACCGAUAAAAAUGAAACCAAGAUGUGGUGGGACAUGUGGCAUUGCAUGGGAAAGUGUCUUUCAUUGGUCUAUGAAGAGUUCUGUAGACAUGUCACCACACUUUGUGUACAUCUCUUUCUCCACACCACAAGAAUUGCUCUCAUCUUUCUCAAUAUUUCUUUCAAUAAAUAUCCACUGCUUCUCCAAAUUUUAUUAUUUCCCUUUAUUGGGGAGAGGGAUAAAGAGGGGAUUGCAAUGAAAGAUUUCUGGCAGAAUUAGGUAGCACAUUCUAUUUCAGGUAGCGAAGUGCCUCACAUUAUCCCAGGCUUUGAGUCUGGCAAAAUAAAUCACAGACUUAUCUGUUUAUGAAUGCUUAUUUACUUAAAAGCUGCUUUUACUGUGAGUGAAAAAAACUUUUAAAGCAUUUCUCUCAUCAAAUAAUAUGUUUAAAUUCUAUACAUAUAUAAUAUAUGCAUGAUU